GUCAAACCUGAAAAUUCGUGACAGCACCGGCUAAGCGUUUCGUAGGAUGCAACGAUGAGAAGCAUGAGCCCUGCGGCAUUUUGACUCUGCACCAGGCGUCUCUGCUCAUGCAGGUGUAGCAGCGCCAUGCAUCUACCUAAACGUCGUCGGAAGGCCCCUCGGCCAGUUCGUUGCACUGAGGUUCUUCACCGCUUACCAUAUCUCCCUUUGUACGUGUUACAGCAGAUCAUGUCUGGAACGUCGUUCAGUAAAGGGCAACACACAAUGUUCGCCACUGCCUGUGCAGGUAUUUCCCGAAUCUUUUGCAUGUUUCCAACAUCAGCGGCUCUCAGCAAAUGCCGCAUCCCAACCUCAACUUGAGCACAUGUACCCAGUACCUAGGAACACCAAGAUUGAAUGCUGUUACCUGCAGCAUGCAGCAUGCAUACGCGUGGGGGUCCCGUAUAUCUUCACGGAUAAAGGGUUCAAGUUUGAGCUCCACUUGCUAGAAAUCAUCCAAUACGCCAACCCCGCUUCCCUAUCUCCUGUUUCGAGUCGGCGCCUCACAUGUUCAUCUAUCUAGCCGCGACUAUAGCAAAAGCUCGAUCAAGCGUGACAUGUGAGAGACCCUUUGAAGAGCAUCUGACACGCUGGCCCAUCGAGCUCACGAAUCACCUGCUGUCUACUGAUACCAAACCUGUUUCAGACCACAAUCCGGGGUUCUCUAAUCGACAGAGCUCGCAUAAACAUACCCGACUUGGUCCGC